AUGGUCUACUACACUUUCCUCAAAUGGCAAACUUCCGAGCCCAACUAUCGGUACCUUCUUACAGCCCCUGAUGCUGAGACCAUCAAUGACUGGUGGCGAGAGGCCUCUACCAAGGAUCCAGAGCAUGUCAAGCGUCUAGGCCCCGACUUCUACUCUUGGGGCAGCGGCGCUCAGGCAUGGGACCUGGCUCCUUCAUUCUUGAACAAGAUCAUAUACACCUUGCUGAAUGAUCGAGAUGGUCGUAUCAUCUCCAACUUCGCUCAACCUCCAAGAGUCAGCGUCCUUAGCGGUGAUUCUUACUACAUUCGGUCCAAGUCUAGCCCAGAGCUAUACUGGCUCGAAAAGGGUGGUUUAAUCUAUGCUACUAAGCAGGAUCGCACUCGCUCCACCUUCCGGCUUGACGGAGAGCGUGAUAGUGACAGAAACAGGACUGUCAUCAUCGGCAAGGACUACAUCUCUGUUAGUGCAGUCGGAGGAUCUGCUCAAAAGUAUGUCAGCGUCAACGACAAUGGCGAGGUCGUCCUUAGUGGACAUAGUUGCCGCAUGUGCUACAGUGACUUGAAGAACAUGUAA